CACAACUUCGUAUUUUCAGAGUCAUACACAAAAACAGCGAGAAGCAAAAAUUUUCAUAAGAUGUUGGGGAUUGUUGAGAUUUUUAUAGCUCUGGUAGCAUCUCUCCUGAUUUUGCAGUUCCUAAAGCUGCAAUGGAUGCGUAGCCAGCUUCCUCCAGGACCAGUUCCUCUCCCUGUCAUUGGAAACUUGUGGCUGCUGGACUUCAAACUUCGCAGAGAAACUCUCACCAAGUUAACCAACAUCUAUGGGAAUAUCUACACAGUGUGGAUGGGACAGACACCUGUUGUUGUACUGAACGGGUACAAAGCCGUAAGAGAGGGCAUAAUUACCCAUUCAGAGGAGACUUCUGGAAGACCUCUCACCCCAUUCUACAGGGACAUGAUGGGUGAGAAAGGUAUUUUUCUGACAAGCGGGCACACCUGGAAGCAACAGAGACGCUUUGGCAUGACAGUUAUAAGAAGCCUUGGACUUGGUAAGAACAAUUUGGAGCAUCAAAUUCAAACAGAGGCCCAUCACCUUCUGGACAUCUUUGCAAAUACAAAAGGCAAGCCUUUUGACCCCCGCACAUCCAUUGUCCCGGCUAUUGCAAAUAUAAUUUGUGCUGUUGUUUUUGGACAUCGUUUCUCCAGUGAGGAUGAAUCUUUCAGCAAGCUUAUCAAAGCUAUUUAUUUUGUGAUCUACUUUCAAGCUACCAUGUGGGGCAGGAUGUACGAUGCUUUCCCAUGGCUUAUGCACCAUUUCCCAGGACCGCAUCAGGAAGUGUUUGCGUUCAAUGACUUCAUGCACAAUUUAGUUAUGAAUGAGGUCCAGGCUCACGAGAGAGAGAAAGCAGGAGACCCACAGGAUCUCAUUGAUUUCUACCUAGCUCAAAUUAAAAAAACCAAAGACGACCCCACCUCUACGUUUAAUAAAGACAACAUGGUUCAGACCGUGGUUGAUCUUUUGCUGGGAGGGACAGAAACAACAAGCACCACCCUUCUCUGGGCACUGCUCUACAUGGUGAAAUACCCAGAAAUACAAGAAAGUGUUCAAAGAGAGAUAGAGGCUGCUCUGGAACCCUCCCAUCUCAUCAGUUAUGAAGACCGUAAAAAACUGCCAUAUACAAAUGCUGUGAUUCAUGAGACUUUGCGGUACAGCAACAUUACCUCUGUUGGAGUCCCUCGACAAUGUGUGAGGAAUACAACUCUGAUGGCCUUUCACAUUAAAAAGGGCACACUUCUGUUGCCAAAUCUGCACUCUGUUGUGUAUGACGCUGAGCACUGGGAAACCCCUUGGAAGUUCAACCCAAAUCAUUUCCUUGAUACGGAUGGCAACUUUGUGCACAAAGAGGCGUUCUUACCUUUCUCAGCAGGGCACCGUGUAUGUUUGGGGGAACAGAUGGCACGAGUUGAACUGUUCAUCUUCUUUACCAACCUGCUUCGGGCGUUCACAUUCCAGCUCCCUGAGGGAGUAAAGGAAAUCAACAUGGAGUAUAUUUUGGGUGCAAUACUGCAGCCACAUCCGUAUCAACUGCGAGCUAUUCCACGUUAGUCUGCAACAU